CGCUGGAAGUGGAAUGCAGUAACUGAGGCUCCUCAUUUUUAGUCUCUGUUGGGUGAGAUUAUAGAGAAGAUUUUCACCACCUUCGCUUGCCGAAUCGCAGAUGCAAGGAGACGUCCUGAGAAAGGUUGCCAGUAUUUUCACAGACUCAUUCUGUACCUGCUUUGGAACACGAAUAUUAUAAUGAAAAAACAGCAAUGCUAGUUUACAGAUGCUCAGACUCUGUACUGACAAAUCGCGUUUUAAAAAGUGCAGUCAUUUAAGACGAUGACCUUGGCUAAACGUGUUCCGGUGGCUGAAUCCAAUGUGUUCGAAUUUCAAUACAAUAAGAACACUUUCUGGUUUUAAGUCUGAACCUUAGGCUAAAGAAUGGGGUACACAGUCACUUCGAGCAGAGAUGUGCUGGGCAACAGAUCUCUCUGUUUUUUUUUCAUUUGUGCGUUUGGUCUCGUAACCUUGUUGCAACAGAUCAUCUACGGGAAGAACUACAUUAAGAGUGGGCUACAGUUUAGCUGGCAGAGUGGAGACGAAACAGAAAAUUGGACCGGGACCUUUAAUUUCACGGAUGAUGGAGCACUGAAGCCUGCCAGUGAUCGGGACAGCAGGUACUUUGAAUUUUAUGAUGGGCCUUAUGAGUAUAACUCCACAACAUGCAAGGAGCUAAGGCAGGAAAUCAUGGAUGUGAAGGUCCUGUCAAUGGUGAAGAAUUCUGAACUGUUUGACAAAUGGAAGAGUCUGCAGGCCUGUAAAUGGCAGAUGAAUAAAGCAGAGGCCAAUGCCUUCAAAGCUUCUCUGUCACGAUGUUGCAAUGCCCCGGCAUUCAUGUUUACCACCCAGAGAAACACUCCCUUUGGAACAAAGCUCCGUUAUGAAGUGGACACCAGCGGGGUCCUGCACAUCAGCCCAGGAAUCUUCAAAAUGUUUCCCAAAGAUAUGCCAUACUCCCGGUCCCAGUUCAAGAAAUGUGCAGUGAUUGGCAAUGGGGGAAUCUUAAAGAACAGCAAGUGUGGGAAGGCGAUUGAUUCAGCUGAUUUUGUUUUUAGAUGUAACUUACCUCCCAUCUCUGAAGAGUAUGCAGCGGAUGUUGGGUACAAAACAAACAUCGUGACUAUAAAUCCCAGUAUUAUAACUGAAAGGUUCCAGAAGCUAGAGAAAUGGAGGAAGCCAUUUUAUGAGGUAUUGCAGACCUAUGAAAACUCGUCCGUGGUUCUUCCAGCCUUCUACAACACCCACAACACAGACGUUUCCUUCAGGGUCAAAUAUGUCCUGGACGACUUUGACUCCCCACAGUCAGUCUUCUACUUCCACCCGCAGUACCUGCUCAAUGUGCAGCGCUUCUGGAUGAUGCAGGGGGUGGUAGCCAAGAGGCUGAGCACUGGGCUGAUGCUGGUUACGGCUGCCAUGGAGCUCUGCGAAGAGGUCCACCUCUACGGAUUCUGGGGUUUUCCUAUGGACCCCAAUGGGAUCUUCAUGACACACCAUUACUAUGACAACGUCAAGCCCCGGCCUGGCUUCCACGCCAUGCCUCACGAGAUAUUUAACUUCCUGCACCUGCACAGCAGGGGCAUCUUGCAGGUUCACACGCGGGCCUGCAGCAGGUGAUGUCCCUUCCUUUUCUUUUGUUUUAUUUCAGUGUGCUCUGCGGUUGGGGCUUUUUAUUUUCUAGGUUAACAACAGUCUUCCACAAACAGUUCUCUGGGAUGAGUCUUGAUGUGCAAACCAAUAUUUGCAGGAAGCUGUGAGAAAUGCACAUUCUGACAGAAAAUGUACCGUGCUUGUUUUCUUAAUUUUGGAUGUUAAAAAACUAUUAUAAGUAUAGUGUUCCUUGUUAUAAGGCAGCCUUUGUACUGCAGAUACUCCCAUUUGCUAAAUUGUCCCAUUUCACCAGCACUUGCAAUCUCAGAAUGAGGCCAAACACAGAUAACAUAGUUUAUAUGGGUCAUGAGAACAGUGUUAUAAAGGAUGAGCAUGGUUUAUGUUAAUAUGUAUGUAAAUAGAUGUUUAAGUUAAAUGAAAAUGACAUUGACUAUAUAUAUUACAUAAAUCACAAUUGCAAAGUUGAAUGGAUGAAAGAGAGGUUAUAUGUUUGGAUGAAAUAAGUUAAAUUCAGAGACUUACAAUGCUUGCAAUGGAUUUGUCCUUGCAAGGCUUUUUCCACCUUUGUCCUGCCUGUACCCUCUCAACAUCUCCCUCACACACUCAACCAUGCGGUCAGACACAUCCCACUGCAGCUCAUAAUACAGAGUUCAGCCUGGCAGCACAAAAUCCUACUCCAGGGAUGCAUAGCUCCAUUCAGUCCUCCUCACUAGCUUCCACCUAAAAGCAGGCAGAACAUUAUUAAUCUUCUCAAAUAUGCAUUUCAUAAGCCAAACAAGAAAUUGCUAUGAUUAUAAAACUUCAUAAUUUUUGAUACAAUGAACAAUAUUAUGCACAGUGUAUUGUGUUAGUUAAUAAAUAUCACCCAUCUUCGACCCUGAGAACUGUUUGUGCUAAAAAUAAUAAAGUAGGUAACUCGUCAUGGACUGUGCUGAGGCUGCAAUCAACAAUCUUAGCUUCAGCUUCUUCGUGGGAUCUCCACUUACAACAAGUUAUUUAAGCCAUUAUCUUUUGUAUUGUGGCAGAGAAGAAAUCAAGCUUUGUUCUGCAGUUUUACUAAUAGUAGUACUGUGUGCAGUGUUCUUUAUGGACUGUGUUUUUAAUUGCCUGGAUUACUGGUUUAAAAAAAAAAAGCAGGACUACAGAGGCUUAACGCACUUGCCUUCUUGCCUAAGGGAAAUGGGCUGAUGCUGCCAUCAAAUGGUAGAAGAAGAAACACGCACUCGACAUGUUACUGUAAAAUAAAGCACAGUGAUACCUUCUAUUGUUCAUAUCAAGCACAUACCGACAAUAUUGCUGUCAUGUAUUGUUUUAUAAGUGGAAAGGUUUAUCACAUAUGUUAUUGUGCAAGAUCCUCACCAGCUUUUCAAAAUAUUUUUGAUUGUCUAGCAUUGAUCUGACACAAACCGUGGGAAAGACUUUGCACAACAGCCAAUACUUACAGAAUGCCACCUAGUGCUGUACGAUGCAUGCUCACCCUGAACUUGAAUGGGUGAAAAUCAUCUUGUGACUUAUACAGCAUAUUGUUGAUUAUAUUUACUUAAAUAAGAAUACUUAAACUAAUAAAGUGACAUUAUACAAUCUAUCUGAUAAAAGGAUCAUAUCCCUGGGUGCUAUGUAGUAUUACCAUUGUUUUCUUAUAUUCUACCUCUAUUUGACUAUAUAUAUAUACACACACACAAACAUGCAGAAUAAUUGUGGUAACCUAGCUGCAAAGCACAUACUAGCACAUCAAGAUGUUUUAAAAGAUUUUGGUUUAGAAGUGCCUGAAAAAGACAAAUGAUCAGUUAACCAAUCCGUGGAUGUUGCUUCCUUGACAGGGUCACUUUUGAAAAGUUCAGGCCGGAAUUCAAGCUUAACGGACAGGUCUGCUGUGGUUUAGUGGGUCAUAGUCACUGAAAAUAAUCAUAUUCGCAACAUGACUGGUAGAGCCCCUUAUCAUUACAUUAAUUUUACAAUGAAACAUGUACAAGUGUCUCCCUACUGCAUUAUUCCACAGCUGAGACCAAAUGUUUAAGGACAUGCCAAUCAGUCUAUUAUUUAUUUUCAUUCAAUCAGUAUCUACCGGUGUGUGGAAUUUUACACAAUCACUCUAGCUCUAGUUCAGAAGGAAGCUUUGUUCAAAGCUCCUGUUUCACAUUGAAAUAAGAAAAGAAACAGUGCACCAACUGGGAUAUCAAAGGCUACUGGUUCUUUUCCUCUUGGCACCCAUCUCUACUAAACUUGAGCUUUCAUAAUGCAUUAUCAGUGUAUGCUACUAUAAAAAAAAAAAAAAACUUGACCUAAAACCAAGGGCAAGUUGUAGCUUGCCUGGUAGCAUCUAUUCCAGCAAGCAUCUGUGUUGUGAAUGUUUUUAUGACAUAAUGUAGGUGUGUGUUUACUUUGUUUUUAUAGAUAAUAAUGAAACAUUGUAAUAAUAAGCAGUGUUUGAACACCAUUCUGAUUUAUUUUAGUAUAAGGUAUAGAUUUAUUUAAAUAGUGUCAUUCUGCACCCUAUACUGUAUGUAAGCAAUAACCCACGACAGGGUGUGUGUUAAGACAUGCAGGACACAUGCCUGAGUGUGUUGUGAGGUGUUUUUGUUUUGGAACAGUUUUACAAGACAAUUUGGUCUGUAUAGCACCGGAUUUGAGUACAGUACAGAUACAUUAUCAUUAUCUGCACAAUGGGCAUACCAUUUCAUAAUAAAAUUCAAAUAAGUGAAAACUUGAUUGCCAGUAGCAUAUGUGCUAAUUAUACUUUGUCAUUAUUCCCAACCAAUCAGGAUGGAAAUGGAUAUACUUUUAUAAGCUGGCACUCUAAAGCAACAAAUUACAGCACAGCAUUCCUUACAAGUUCAAACACCUUCAAUAAGAGUACUGGCUGUGCUACCAGGCAACAAACCACCUGAAUUCUUAAGAAUGCCUGGAAAGGCUUUAACAAUUCAUACCAGUCUCAAAAAAACAAAAAAUAAAACAAACAUGCUGGGGAGUCAAAACAUGCACUAUUGAAUGUGAACAUAAGUAUUGGUUUCCUUCUAAUGUGCCACUGUCAUCUAUCAUGUUUUGUUUUGCAAAACCAUUCCACACCCAUUGUGAUAUUUUCAAGAUGCUUAUUAAAUUCAGUAAAAAUAUAAAAAUGUUUUGUUGGGUAUUUGGUAUAAUUGCUAUUAUAUUAUUGUCAGACGCUUGACCAUUACCUUUAAUAAGAGAAUUCCCUGUAGUAAAGCAAGCACUGGCUAUAGUCACUGAUGAUCACAGUGAUUGUGGCCUUUGUUGUUUAAGUUACACAUUACAGGUAUUAGCUGAAAUAUAUUGAACCAAGACAAAUGGACAGUUGAAGACUGCAGAACAGAGGAAAAGUGUAAGGUAAGGUAAUCAUAUUAUACAAUUAACAACACAACCAGCCUCGCAAUCCUUUGAAAUGGGCAAUUUGCUUAUUUGCUUAAUUAUUUGUUUAUUAGUUCCUUAUUCUAGCAGUUUGAUUUAUUAAACAUAGUGACCUUGUGGAACCUGACCCUUCAGUGAUCAACUGGUUUGAAGGAUUACACAUUUAAUAAUCCAUUCAUUCAUUCAUUCAUUCAUUACAUGUUUACUGCAAUGAGUGUCUCCAGUUAGAUCUAGAUUACCAUAAUUAUUUCCUGUAACUGUAUAUGUUUACAUAAUAAUAAGCCAAACGUGGUUGUUGGCUCCCAUGAAUUCAAAAUGAAACUAAAUGGAGAUAUAUCUACUUGUAAGCAAGUGCAUUUUGUGAAUGAUUUCAUGUGUUUGUGUCACUUCCAGGUUGGGUAUGUUUGUCUUCUGUUUUUGUGGGGCCUUGGGAGUGUGUUGGAUGACCAUUAUUGAAGAAGAGUAUGAACAUUUCAAACAUUAACACAUUAACAUGAGACCUUUAAUAUCUCCAAAUACUAAACAUGUUAACACUGUAAUUGCGUUAAUGUUGUUUUGUGACAUUCGCUGGGUUGUGAACAAUGGCAACUUUUUGAAAACUUCGCCUUUUAGCUUUUUGCUGCAAAACAACUGUGUCAUAACACCUUGUUUAACAGCACCUUCAAAUUUUAGAUUUUUAUUAUUUCAAUGUUGGCAGGUCAACAGUUGUUCUUAACCUGCUCUGACACUAUUAUACUAAAUGUAGAGUAUUCUGUUAAAACUUUGUUUUUAUUAUAUAUAUCCCUUUUCUCAUUUGGAAGGAACUGCAACUAAGCAUGUU